CCCCGAAGCUUCGUGAAGAUUCCGGAAGGCUCCGGCCGGCUCUUUCCGCCGCGGGAGCUGCCCCGCCCCCGGUGCUGCUGCCCGGCUUCCUUCCUUCCUUCCCUCUUCCUUCCGCCGUGCUCCAGCGAGCUCGGCUCUCCCGGGCGGCGGGGCAGGAGGUGGCGCGGCCAUGUCGCUGCUGUGCUACAACCGGGGCUGCGGGCAGCGCUUCGACCCCGAGAACAACACGGAGGGUUCAUGCACAUACCAUCCAGGUGUGCCUGUUUUUCAUGAUGCUCUCAAAGGCUGGUCAUGUUGUAAGAGGAGAACAACAGACUUUUCUGACUUCUUAAGCAUUGUGGGCUGCACAAAGGGUCUCCAUAACAGCGAGAAACCUCCUGAACCUGUUAAGCCAGAAGUCAAAACUACCUCUGAACGAAAGGAGCUAGCUGAACUGAAACCCAAAUUUCAAGAACACAUAAUUCAGGCACCAAAACCAUUGGAAACAAUUAAGAGGCCGAGCCCAGAUGAGCCAAUGACAAAUUUGCAGCUGAAAGUGUCAGCUUCUUUGAAGCAAGCUCUUGAUAAACUGAAACUGUCAUCAGAAAAUGAAGGGAGAAAAGACGAAGAUAGUGAUGAAAUCAAGAUUGGGACGGCAUGUAAAAAUGCAGGCUGUUCGAAAACAUACGAAGGACCACACAGCACAGAAGAAGUAUGUAUAUACCAUUCUGGUGUACCUAUAUUCCAUGAAGGGAUGAAGUAUUGGAGCUGUUGUAAAAGGAAAACUUCUGACUUCAAUACAUUUUUAGCUCAAGAAGGCUGCACAAGAGGAACACACGUAUGGACUAAAAAGGAUGCAGGGACGAAAGUAGUUCCAUGCAGGCAUGAUUGGCACCAGACUGGAGGAGAAGUGACUAUUUCUGUAUAUGCUAAAAACUCUGUCCCUGAUCUGAGCUACGUAGAAGCUAAUAGCACAAUGGUAAAUAUCCAUAUCGUAUUUGAAGGAGAAAAGGAGUUUCAUCGCACUGUGAAGUUAUGGGGAGUGAUCGAUGUAAAGAGGAGUUACGUGAACAUGACCGCUACAAAAAUUGAGCUCACUAUGAGGAAAGCAGAGCCCCUGCUAUGGGCAAGUCUGGAGUUACCAGUAUCCAACACACAACCAAAAGAGGAGAGUUCAGAUAAAUAACAAUUCCAAGAGGCAACUUAUUUCCCAUGUUGAAGUGGUGACUUGCUACUGUAAUCAAAUAUUUAACUUUUAUAUAGAUUUUUUUUUUUUUUAUGCUAGUUCAUCUGUUCCCUUCUAGAAAGAAAUUUGACGCACAGUAAAUGGGGGUAUAAACUUGAAAGGGUUACAGUUAUUUCUGCUCUUGCUCCCAUGGGUGUGUUUAUGCUAGAUGCAAUGUCUCCAUGGGAAUUUAGAGUAAAACAGCUAUUGCCCUUUGCUUGCAGCCUUCCCUGCCAUGUACUGACUAUCCCAGUAGAUGUGCUCUCUGUUCACAGUGGGUGUCUUUGUUUUUUGGCUGUUCUGUUUAGAGUGGAUGCAUUUGAUAACCUGUGUUAAAUUCAACACUGUUAUGAAGCAUACAGUAAUGCAGAUAGAAAAAUCUGAGUUUGAACUAAUUAGCAUGCAAUUCCACAUCUAGAAUAAAAGGUUCUAUAACAGAAAUAUGAAGUUGUACACUUGUAGACUCUCACGUUCUGAAACGAAGGUUUGUUUCUAUACCUGUUGGCUAUAGAAGGAUGAAAGGAACAGUAGUCCAAGGAUUUCAGUACUUGCUGACUCCUGCUAUCUUUUCAUGUAUCAAAGCAGAUCAGGUUAAAAUUUUGAAAUAGGUGGCAAGAUGGGAAAUUUUUUUACUCCUUUAAAUUUGCUAUUUGAAUAGUUAAAUAUAAAAAAUGGACAGUGAAAUGUAUAACUUAGCAUUUCAGCUGUGAAGAGUAUGCAAACAGCAAACUAUUGUAAAAUUACCAAAGUGCUGUAUAUAUUUGACAGCCUUUAGAAUGUAUAGUCUGUCCUACUGUACAACAUUGAAAAUCUCAAGAUUAUUCUCAAAGUAGGUGGAUAUGUGUAGUAGAAGCCAGGACACGCUGCAGGUGUCUUGGUAAAACGAUUUUCACAUGGAUGUGUAUAUCUCUUGACUCUGACGAUGGUCAUCUAAAAACUGCGGUUAUGUACAGGACAAAUCUUAGGAGAAACAACAUGCUUUAAAAUGUUUGUCUCAAAUUGUGAUUGUACCUUUGAAUCAAAAUACUUUAAAACAAUACUGUAUCUUUUGAAGAGACUGUAUUUAGAAAUCAAGACCUUAGUUUUGUUUACAGUUCAUCAGUAAAGGUAGGUGGCUAAAAGCAGAGAUUUUAUUUUUUUUUUUAAUCCAAGCAGCAGCACACGGAGUAAUGUUGCUUUCUAUUUCUGCUUGGAAUAGUUUCUUAAUUUUGGCUUGCAGCUGAAAUAAAAAUGUUUUAGCAUAAAAGUAAUAAAAAAUGCACACCAUUAUUUAUUGUGCCUAAUCCUAUAUAUGUAAACAAGAGGUCUUGUUUAAAUGAGGUUAAAAAAGAACCAUAUUAAAAUGCAAGGAUGCUCAUCUGCCAGCUUUGGCAGACUGGAGUAGUGUCUGGAGAAACAUAGGGUGUAGUAAAGGCAUUCUGAAGUAAAAUACAGAUUUCUAAGAA